UUCAGGUAGGCGUGGUCUAAGGUUCCUCCAGGGGAGGAGUCACAAACUAGUGUCCCGCAGCACUUGUCCCAAAGUUUUCCUACUGACAAAGUGAUUAAAACUUGACAAACAUACGGAAGGGGAGAGAGCCAGGAUCAGAAGUGGGAUCUGGAGACACCUAUACCCGCUCAGGUGAUUACUUCACACCGCUUUUCUCUGUCACACACCGCUGCUCCCCGCUGUCCGAACACCGACCCCUCGCCGCUCUUUGAGGGAGACUAUCGGAGCCCGUGUCCCGGUGCAGGAGGCAGCCGCGCCCCGCUCUCUGGACUGAGUUCCGAGCGAAACUUCUCAGUUCUGGACCUGAUUCCGUUUUAGAAUCACUAAUCGAAGGAAAAAAAGACAACUCUGAACUUUUCUAAGUUCCAAUGAAUCGGCCGAAGCAGAGAGAGCCCAGCUGACGCUCAGUGAUCGGGGAUCGAUCGUUUUGAUCGGCGAAGAAUAUCGAACAGAGGCGGGACUGGAUCAGGAUGGAGGUUCGCGUGUCUUCAGGACGGGCCUCAUUCUCCUGCGGACUGAGACUCCUUCUCCUGCCGCAGCUGCUCCUGCUGCUGUGUCGCUGCGGAGCUGACGAAGAGGUUUUGAUGAACACAAAGUCAGAAACAACCGACCUGCGGUGGACGAACCAUCCCGCUGACGACCAUCAGUGGGAGGAAAUGAGCGGACUGGACGAUGAGUUCAACAUGGUGAGGACCUAUCAGAUCUGCACCCCCAAGAGUCCGUCCUCUUAUUGGCUCAGGACUCGCUGGAUCCCCAGGCGCGCCGCCACCACACUGUAUGUGGAGAUUCGGUUCACCAUGAUGGAAUGUUCUGGACUGAACCAGCGUCACUGCAAAGAAACCUUCAACCUGUUUUACUACCAGUCUGACAGUGACGUGGCCACGCCCACACAGCCGGCCUGGAUGGAGAACCCUUACACCAAAGUAGCCACGGUCGCCGCCGACCACCUGCUGCGUCCAGGCGGCGACCGACGCUCCAACGUCAAACUGCUGCGACUUGGGCCCCUGAGGGCCGCAGGUCUGUACCUGGCCUUCCAGAGCCAGGGCACCUGCAUGGCCCUGUUGUCUGUACGUGUUUUCUACAGGAAGUGUCCGCAGCUCCGUCGUGCCUUCGCCGCUUUCCCCGAAACCAUCCCCCACUCUCUGGUGGAACAGGCUCAAGGCGUGUGUGUUGAGAACGCUGUGACGCCACCAGGAGUGCAGACCAGACCUCCUAGCAUGCUUUGCGGCGAGGACGGUCAGUGGGUGGGUCAGCCGACAUCGAGCUGCGCCUGUCGUCCUGGGUACGAGGCGUUGGAGUCCGAGGUGCGGUGCCGAGCCUGUCCAUCGGACCAUUUUAAGUCAGGGUCAGGACCCAGUGGCUGUCGGGCCUGUCCAACCUACAGCAGUACCAAGGUUCCAGGCUCCGCCUACUGCCCCUGCUACUCCGGUUACUACCGGGCCGACUCUGACCCGCCACAUGCUUCAUGCACCAGACCGCCCUCAGCUCCCCGCUCCAUUGUGAGUCAGGUCAAUGACACCACAGUGACCCUGGAAUGGAGUGAGCCGCUGGACCGCGGAGGUCGUGUGGACCUUACCUACAGCGUCCUGUGCUCCAGCUGCAGGACCACAAGCAAGGGUUCGGUCAGUUCUUGUUUCCCAUGUGAUGACAGCACCCUGUACCGUCCAAUGCAACGAGGUCUGACCCAGGGUCGCGUUGUCAUUUGGGGACUCCAGCCAUACACAGCGUACACCUUUACCAUCCAAGCACUGAACGGUGUCUCUGCUCUCAGCCAAUCAGAGCCAGCCUCCGACAAAGUCAACAUCACCACCAGCAGAGAUGUUCCUGCUCCAGUGUCUGGCCUAAAGAGAACCGUGUCUACAGAGACUACUAUUACUCUGAAGUGGAAUACUCCAGUUCUGCAGAACCAGCACAGCAUCCUGGACUAUGAGCUCCGCUACAGUCCCAAGGAUGGCGACGAGGCGGGUCGGUGGGAGUAUGUGACCAGCAAGUCUUCUUCGAUGGUGCUGACCGGGCUGCAGCAGGGGACGCAGUACCAGGUGCAGGUCCGGGCUCGGUCCCAGGCUGGAUAUGGAUCCUUCAGCAGCAGCAGCACCUUCAGCACCCAACCUGAUGGUGUGAACAGUGCUCAGCUGGUUCUGACUGUGGUUCUGGUCUCCAUGGGGAUCCUGCUGCUCAUCGCUGCAGUAAUGGUCACUGUGUACUGUUACUGCAGGAGGAGGACUCGCUCCAACAUCAGUGACAAAGGUGGACACUUCCCCAUGGGACAGACAAUGAAGGUUUACAUCGACCCAUUCACCUACGAGGAUCCCAAUGAAGCCGUGAGGGAGUUCGCCAAAGAGAUCGAAGCGUCCUUUGUGAAGAUCGAGGAGGUGAUCGGAGCAGGUGAAUUUGGUGAGGUCUGUCGUGGACGUCUUAGGGUUCCAGGCAGGAAGGAAAACUAUGUAGCCAUCAAGACUCUGAAGGGCGGAUACACCGAGAAGCAGAGGCGGGACUUUCUGUCCGAGGCUUCCAUCAUGGGACAGUUCCAGCACCCCAACAUCAUCCACCUGGAAGGUGUCAUCACCACGUCCUGUCCCGUCAUGAUACUCACGGAAUUCAUGGAGAAUGGCGCCCUCGACAGCUUCCUGAGGAUGAAUGACGGACAGUUUACCACCAUCCAGUUGGUGGGGAUGUUGCGUGGCAUCGCUGCUGGCAUGAAGUACCUGUCGGACAUGAGUUUUGUCCAUCGAGACUUGGCGGCUCGGAACAUUCUGGUCAACUCCAACUUGGUCUGUAAGGUUUCAGAUUUUGGUCUCAGCCGCUUUUUAACAGAAAACUCCUCAGAUCCGACGUACACCAGCUCUCUGGGUGGUAAAAUUCCUAUCCGGUGGACGGCUCCUGAAGCCAUCGCCUACAGGAAGUUCACGUCUGCCAGUGAUGCCUGGAGUUACGGCAUCGUCAUGUGGGAGGUGAUGUCAUAUGGAGAAAGGCCGUACUGGGACAUGAGCAACCAGGACGUGAUCAACGCCAUAGAGCAGGAUUACAGGCUGCCCCCGCCGCCAGAGUGUCCCGCCUCUCUGCACUCGCUCAUGCUGGACUGCUGGCAGAAGGAACGAGCCAAUCGGCCGAGGUUCUGCGAUGUGGUUGCUUCUCUUGAUAGGCUGAUACGGAACCCGGCUUCGCUGAAGGUGACGCACCCAGAGGGGCCGAGUUCCUCACAGCCUCUGUUAGACCAGCGUGUCCCUCCACCUCUUUCUGCCUGUGGUUCUGUCUCUGAGUGGCUCAGAGCCAUAAAAAUGGAACGAUACGAGCUGAGUUUCCUGCAGGCUGGUUUCACCAGCCUGGACUUCGUCUCCCAGCUCACCACUGAAGACCUGCUGCGAGUGGGCGUGACCCUCGCUGGUCACCAGAAGAAAAUCCUCUCCUCCAUUCAAACACUCAGGAUACACAAAACUCCGCCCACCUUGCUCUACUGACCAAUCACAGUUGUGUUCUGCCGUACCGUCCAAUACAACAACACUGGGGACGCAGAGCUAAUCCUCGAUGGACUUUUACAUCUGACCAAUCAGAAAGCCUCAGGACCUGCAGGACUCCGUCCCCUGACAGUUGGAACAUUAACACGCUCUUUGUGGCUGUAAAAAAAAAAAAAGCACAAAGAAUUCUUCAAGAAACUGAGCGCUGCUGCGACAUCAUCGUACAUGACCCUGUCCUUUUUAAUCAGACCAAUCAGACUGAGCCACACCCACAGUCAGACUUUUGGAGUUUCGUGGACUGGUGGCUCGUCAGCACUCAGGACGUGCACAGCCCCGCCCUGCCAAACCACUACAGCCAAUCCACUGCUCAGGAACUGGAACCGGAUUGGUCCUUCAAUGAGCCCUCCUCAGUGGACCCAAAAAGUUUCUUGUUGCACGUUCAUCACUGCAGUUGUUACUAAGCCACGGCCACUGCUUUGAAGCACAGCAGUGAUUGGCUCCAGUCCCUGUCCAUCACACAAGAACAGCUUCACUACAGCUGAGGCCAAAAGAGAGAAAGGGAAAGUUCCAGUGGACGUACUUCUACAGACAGUACUCCAGGUAUUUUGGAUGAAAUUCUCUGACAUUUUCACAACGUUUUGGACAAAACAAAAUGUGUUUCAAUUCCAAAGAAACUUGCUUGAUCUCGGGAUCAUGGGAAAAACUCACUGAGCAACAAUGGAACGUCCCAAAAGCAGGUGUCAUGUGACAAUCUGAACAGCUGCCAGUAAAACCAGUUUGUAUUGUUGUCUUUUGAUAGCAGUGAAGAAUAUUCAAGGUUGCCUCAGGAAUCAGAAACUUUUAAGGAAAUCUUUGUGAAUAUACUUUACAGAAACUUUUCAUUCUUCAGGUUCUGAAAUUCCCCUAGGAAAACUGGGAGACUUUCAGUUGGAAUUUUCUUCAUUUCACACUCGCGGAACUGCCUUUUAUUGUGAAGCCACUUGUGAUGAGAUUCCUUGAAACAAGAGAAGAGCAAAAUGAGCAGCUGCACCACCACUGAUAUGAAUUCAUAGUUAAAACAGACCAAAGGUGGUUAUAAUAAGUGGACUUGACACCAAGGCCUCACUCGAACUUCAAUGGAACGUCUAACAGAACCAGUGACAUGUUGAGAACAGUCAUUGUCUGAACAGAGUCCAUGGACCGAUCCCUGAGUGUGGGAGUUCCCUCAGGUUAAAUCACUGUAAACUGUUGGAACUGUUAGAACGUACGACUCUUCUGGCUUUUGUAUUGUAGCACUUUUUGUACCCGACAUUUGAUGAUGGAAGCAGAAUGGUGUAUUUUUUAAUAAACCUGCAUUUCAGGAAAA